AUGAGUCAGUGGAACGAUGCACCGACCCGCCUGCCGAUGCGUGCGAGCUCGCUGGGAAUCAUUGCUGAAUAUGCGCAUGAGGCGCUACCGGUGAAUGGAAGUGCAAUGGAUGGCGCUGUGCCACUGGAUUGGAAGAUGGAGACGGAGCGCUCGCUCUUUCCGCCCCGGAAACGCUCGCCGGGCGUCCUGUGGAUGCAGUCGGGCAUGCCGCGCUCACCACGCUCGCCUGAUGCACGCUUUGAUGUAAAAGCACCCGUGCCGGAAGAGGACGUGGCCGAUGUGCUCACCGAGUCUUCACUGCAGUCGCCGAAGUCACUUGCGCCACCCAAAAUUGCGCAGCCCGCACGCCCCUCGUCGCUGAAUGUGGCCAGCGGGGCGAGCACUGCGCCGGUAUCGCGGGUCGAGACCACGUUUGCGGCACCUACACCCCUCUUUGCAUCCAAGCACCCCCCGCCGGCGUGGGAGCAGCUCCCGAGUGUCGAGUCACGGCGUAACCGCCGCUCGCGUCUGCUGCGUAUUGCCGAGAAGGACCGUGAGCGUUCGCGGCCCGGCACGCCCGAGCAUGGCGCGCGGAUCGAGCCGCGGAUCCCCCUGUACGGCGACCUAGAGAUGUGGAAGCUGUGUCCCCGCCGCACGGUCGAGCACGUCGAAGGCACGCUGUACGAUUCCGAAGGACCGUUUAUGGAGGGCGCGACCAGCGACAGUCUGAGUGUGCGUCUUUUCUAUGCGCCGGGUGUGGACGGCGCGGACGGCGUGUCAUACCUCAUUACCACGCCGGACAACCGUGUGUUUAGUGCUGCAAAGCGGCGGCGGUGGGCGAUGGAUAACCACGGCAACUUUUUUGCCGCGAUGGAGAUCAAGAGUGUCGAGUCGAAGCUCGCUGCUGUCCACAGCGACAUCCACGAUCAGGUAUACGCGGAAGAGUACGAGCGCGAUCUGCGCAAGCACUUUUUGGGCGAUGUGCUCGACGAGCUGCAAAAGGCCGAGUCGCUGAUGACCGGCCCGCGCCGGCAGACGCCGCAUCUCUUGCAGACCGAGGACGGAAAGCUGGUGCGUCUGGAGGAAGACUUUCCGGAGGAGGCGUUCUUUGCGAUCGCCGGGAGCGCCGAGCAGGAACUGUACCCGGUCAUUGCCAAGGUGUUUGUCGAGGCGAUCCAGCUCCUCUGGGAACUGCACUCGCACGGCUGGAUGCACGGCGAUAUCAAGCUCGAGAAUCUCAUGUUUGACUCGUCGGCCAAGCUCGUGCUGAUCGACUUUGAGAACGCGAGUCCAUUCCGCGGCUCGCGGCAGCAUGACGGCAAGAUCCAGCUGCUGAGCUUUGACUGGACACCGCCGGAGCUCGAGGUAAGCCACCUCGGGCGGCGCAUGGGGCCGUCCGGCGACCUGUGGGCGCUGGGAUGCAAUCUCAUUCGCGCAUUUGCGCUGCGGGACGGCGUCGAAGAUACGACUGUGCGCGAAAUGCUUCUGGGCCCGGGUCUCCCGUCGUUCUUUGCAUUCCGCGAGACACUGCUCGGCGGCCCUGGACGCGACUUUGGCGUGGACCUCGGUCCGCUGCUCGAGGCGGCCGACACGGAGCAGCCUGCGCCGCUCAUCCACCCUGCGCGCCUCUUGCGCCGCUUUGCACACACCUCGCCCCGGCUCCUGCAGUACGUCCUAGCGCACGCAGUGACCCCCACGCCCGCCGAGCGCAAUGAGCGGCGCGGUGUCGAGCUUGCGCAAGAAAUGCUGCACGACCCCCAAAAUGUCCCGCUCUGGCAGUCGGUCAAGACGGCGCUCGCGACUUCGAUCGAGAUGAGUGGUAGUGCAUGGGUGCGCCCGAAGCUCGACGAAGCGCGGGCGAUCAUGGAGCUCUCGUAG